CAGGAUACGGCUGGUGCGCGCUCAGCCGAGCGUCGUGAACCUCAGCGGCCGUGACGAGGCCGACAUGAGUAGGCAUUUCCUCAUGUCGGGCUACCCACCCAGCUGGAAGAAGUGGGAUCUGAUGAAGGUGUGGUCGCCCCUGUGGGUUGGCCUGUCCUGGAUCGACGACUCGUCCUGCUGGGUCAUCGCCCGCAACGAGGCCGACGCUGUCAACAUACAGAAGAUCUACAAAAUGAUCGAGGAGCCGCAGUUCCGACUGUGCACCUACGAGGAGCACCUGGCAACGCAGGGCACGGCGGAGGCGGUGGGGCCGGCGGCUUCUGGCCCAGAGCCCAGGC